AUGAGUGAUGGCAGAAAACGUUUAAGUGGAAGUGCUUAUAAAAAAGUUGCUAAAUUAAAAUUAGAAAAAGAACAAAAAGUCAUUUCUCAAACCGCAAAAUUAAUUUCAUUUUUUGGUAAUCAACGUGACACGGUACCAAACAAACUUAUAUUGACACUCGAAUUAUCCGUGUCAAGGUGCAGACGAAGUGCAAGACACAAGUACUCUGNACGACCAUCAAUCUCCAAUUCGCCAAGUGAAAUAGAGACUACAGCUGAACAGAUUUCAAAUGAGUCAAGUGAUAAAAAUAAACAUCCUCUACAUAGUACUUUUGAAACCAUGGCAAAUGAAAAUCAAUUAAUUGAAUAUUCGGAAUUAUUCAAUACGUCUUCUAUUAUUCCAAGUUCUGAUCCAGCUCUUUGGUCUAUUAAUGAAGAUUUAACUAAUUAUGUAUGCUUUCAUGGUUUUACUCAAGAUUUAUCAAUAAUUAAUUUUUCUAAAUCUAAGAGAAGCUUUUUUAGAACGGUAAAGGGAAUAAAAAAAACAAUCAACAAGUCUUGUAAAAUUAGUUAUUUUAAAGGAACUUUAAAAAUUGGAGAGAAUUUUUGCAAAGCAUUUUUAGCGUAUUCUAAGACUAAAGGAGUUCUCUUUUGCUAUCCAUGUCUUUUAUUUUCUUGUAAAUCUUCAUUUGGUUCGACUGGAUUUUCUCUUUGGAAAAAAGCAGAUGAAAAAAUACAAGAACAUUUAAAUUCAUCAACUCAUCGGUCUAAUAUUUUGAAAAUGAAACUACGCGGGGUGACUCUUAAUCGCAUUGAUAGUGGACUUGCUAAUCAGGUCGAGAGAGAACGACUUUAUUGGAUUCAAAUUUUGAAAAGAGUCGUGGAAGUAGUAAUAAAGUUAGCAUCAAGAGGAUUAGCACUUCAAGGGGAUACAUUAAAAUUAGGUUUCAAAAACAAUGGCAACUUUUUAAUGGCUAUUGAUUUAUUAUCUGAAUUUGACCCUUUUAUGGCUGAACAUCUCAAACAGUAUGGAAAUUCUGGCAAAGGUUUUACAUCUUAUUUAUCUUGUAAUAUAUAUGAAUGUGGGAAAAAGCAAACAAGCAAUUACAGGAACAGAGCGAAGACGCAAUACUUUAUUUAA